UAUCAUUAAUUUGAUGUCUUCAAAAACUUCUAGUUUUUCAAGCAAAGAGAAGAUAUUACAUAGUAGUUUUUUGAAAUUUGUGCAGGCCGUACAAAAGGCUACCAACGUAACCGGCUGGGAGGAUGUGCCUUAUGGAAAUAAUGUUCUUCCUCUGGACGACAAAAAUGUCUUUGAAGUUAUUUAUACUAAUCAUUCAGUUAUGAUUCUUUUUCAUGCAAAAUGGUGCAACGCUUGUGUGGAAGUCAAAAAGCUGUAUGCUAUUUUUGCAUCUGAAAUGGAUAAAGCACGUUGUAUUGUAUCUGCAGUAGACUGCACUGUUGAUUUCGACAUUGGACUAACGUUCGGAAUUGAUAAACUUCCUACGAUAAUGCUAUUUUUGAAUGGCAGUCCCAUAAUAUACGAAGGUUUAUAUGACGUUACUAAACUCCAAAAUUUUGUAAAACAAAAGUUGGAUGUUUUUGAAAAUGAAAGUCGCCAUGUUAAGGCUAAGUCGAAAGCAACAGCGCCAAAAAAAAAUGAAAAUUUAGCUAAAUCAAAAAAAGCUGCCAAAAAAGUUAAAAUAAAUAAGCCUAAAAAUUUAAAGGAUAAAUAAAAAAUUUAAUGAAAAAAUAACUUAAAAAAUAAAUAACACUUACGAUUAUUUAUUAAUACUGAUUAGAACGAAAUAUUCGUA